ACUUAAGAGCUUUCCCCAACCUCAAAUCAUCAGAUAGAUACAUCUCCAGACCAAAGAACAAUAAAUGUAUACCUCACGUUUCUAGUCCCUAUGUCUCUUUGAGCUUCUUCCAUUCUUGCGUUGAGAGAGAGAGAGAGAGAGAGCGAGAACAACGGAGAAGAGCGAUUAGCAAUGGAAGAAACGCGUGUGAAGAGAAGGAUAGUGUUAGUUCCAGUUCCCGCACAAGGUCAUGUAACUCCGAUGAUGCAACUCGGAAAAGCUCUUCAAUCGAUAGGCUUCUCCAUCACUGUUGUUCAGACACAGUACAAUCGAGUAACCUCUUCCAAAGACUUCUCUGAUUUUCGUUUUCUCACCAUCCCAGGUAGUUUAACUGACUCUGAUCUCAAAAACCUUGGAGCACUCCAGUUUCUGUUGAAGCUCAAUCAAACCUGCGGGGAAAGCUUCAAGCACUGUUUAGGUCAACUAUUGAAAGAACAAGAUAAUAAUGAUGACAUUGCCUGUGUCAUCUACGACGAGUACAUGUACUUCUCUCAAGCUGCAACUAAGGAAUUUCAACUUUCCAGUAUUGUUUUCAGUACUACAAGUGCUACUGCUUUUGUCUGUCGCUCUGUUUUGGCCAAAGUCAAUGCAGAGGUGUUCUUGAUCGACAUUAAAGAUCCUGAACUGCAAGACAAGGUGUUUCCAGGGUUGCAUCCUCUAAGGUACAAAGACUUGCCAACUUCAGCAUUCGGGCCAUUGGAGAGUCUUCUCAAGCUCUACAGUGAGGUUGUAAACACUCGAACAGCUUCCGCUGUUAUCGUCAAUUCUGUGAGUUGUCUUGAGAGCUCGUCUUUGACAUGGUUGCAGCGAGAACUACAAGUUCCAGUUUACCCUAUAGGCCCACUUCACAUUGCAGCUUCUGCGCCUUCUAGUUUACUUGAAGAAGACAGGAGCUGCAUUGAGUGGUUGAACAAGCUGAAACCAAGCUCAGUAGUGUACAUAAGUUUGGGAAGCUUAGCUCUAAUGGAAACCAAAGACAUGUUGGAGAUGGCUUGGGGACUAAGUAAUAGCAACCAACCUUUCUUGUGGGUGAUCCGACCAGGAUCUAUUCCGGCCUCGGAAUGGACAGAGUCCUUACCAGAGGAGUUCACUAAGUUGGUUUCAGAAAAAGGUUACAUUGUGAAAUGGGCUCCUCAGAUGGAAGUUCUCAAGCAUCCUGCAGUGGGAGGAUUUUGGAGUCACUGUGGAUGGAACUCGACGCUAGAGAGCAUCGGAGAAGGAAUUCCUAUGAUCUGUAGGCCUUUUACCGGUGAUCAGAAAGUCAAUGCAAGGUACUUAGAGAGUGUUUGGAGGAUUGGAUUUCAAUUGGAAGGAGAGCUGGAGAAAGGAACUGUGGAGAGAGCUGUGAAGAGGUUGUUUGUAGAUGAAGAAGGAGCAGAAAUGAGGAAGAGAGCCAUUGGUUUGAAAGAGAAGCUUGAAGCCUCUGUAAGAAGUGGAGGUUCCUCAUUCAGGUCAUUAGAUGACUUUGUCAAUUCCUUGAAAAUGAAGAAUGAAGGUUCAUGAAUGUGAGAUUAGUUAAGCUUAGGUAGCUAAUGUUAGGUGGUUGUCCUUUUUAAUAUUUAUGGUCAAACAAUUAUAAUAUUAGGCUUGUGUGUGAUCCAAAAGAAAAUGACAGAAAUCUACAUGUCAAAAUCAGAUUCAAACUGCUUUUUUCCU